AGUGAAACGCGUCAGUAAAAACACCCGACCAGCAGAAGAAAGUAGUGUAUCUGAUGGAGAUGGAGUUGAUCACGCAAUAACAUGCCGAAAUUCAUUGAUUCGCUACUGAGGGUUUGGGACUUCUGAAGCGGUUUCUCAUCUAAACACUCUGUCGGACUGAAUCGGAGCGAGGCGCGUCGCCGCUUUCAGUUUGGAGUCUGUAAAAUGUCUGUUGUUUUUGUUCCUAAACGGCAGCGCGGAAAAGCGCAAAUCAACCAGGAGACAAUUCAAAGACUCCUGGAUGAGAACGAUCAGCUGGUGCGAUGCAUCACAGAGUAUCUGCAGAAGGGCCGCGCCACUGAAUGUGUGCAAUACCAGCAGAUUCUGCACCGCAACAUCGUGUAUUUGGGAACCAUAGCUGACGCCAGCACAGAGAUCCUGCCGGAGACGCAGACCUCAGACAACACAGUCAAUUAGAUUUGCUGCUAACAGGACUAUUGUAAACAUGCCAUAAUAAAUAACUGCAUUGGCUGGGAGGAAAGAGACUCCAGAUGUCCCUGCUGGAAACAUUGUUUUUAUGUACAUAAUUUCAUAAUGUUUUUACUUUAAUGCUUUGUAUAAUAAAUGUGUAAAACACAAAUAAACACUGGCACUUUUAUAUAAGCAGCAGAAGAGUUUACCAUGUU